AUGAACACUAGGAUGUGUUCUCAAAUGCAGGUAGUAGUGUUAGCGGUGUCCCUUCUUGCAUUAGUGAGCAGGGUCAGAACAGCUCCCAGAACUGACUUACUGGCUCAUCAUCUCCAAAAUGAUGCAGACGACAAGGAGGAUCUUUCACACAUACUUCUGCUGAAGCUCCUUUCUGAGCUGGAGAUCCCAGAUGAGAAUGACAGCGUUUAUGAUGAUGAUGUGGAGCUGAAACGCAUCCUACGCCAUCUUCCCUUAACCCAGCGUGGACGGAAAGCCGGCUGCAGGAACUUCUUCUGGAAGACGUUCACCUCCUGUUAGGCACACCAUUGUAUGAAAUGGCUGCGUUGGUGAUUUUAUUUUGAAGUAUGAAGAAGUAUGUAUAUGCUUUAGCUUAUGUUGUUAAUUCAACCUUCACAUUUGGCAAAAUCCAAUUUCUGUAGAGCUGGAAAUGGAGUACCCAGCUAUGAAGGGAUUGUGUAGUUAUAUGUUUGAUUUUUUUAUUCAAAAUAUUAAAAUACUGAUAGCCAAAUAGUGGCUAUAGAGUGGCUCUAUGUAAUUAGAGUUAUGUUGCAGUGAACAGAUCAGCUUAAGUUAUGAUGUAAAACAACACUAUAAUCCUAAAUAUGGAUAGCAAAUAAUUAAUGAACAAAUAUUAGUUCUAUUCAGACUCUGACACAAGUGAAUGAAACAGUUUUAUAUAUCUGCAAAAUUCAAAACUAGCAUUUACUAACAACUAAUUGAUAAUUACACCCACGGUUUCUAUACAAAAUAUCAUUUAAUGUACUGAUGGAUGGCUGAUGAACUGAUGUUUUUUAAUCAUAAAUGAGUCACAAACUAUUGCAUGAUAUUCUACUGAUAUGAAGAGCACUUGUACAUUAGGAACAGUAGGUAUUGAUAAAACAUUUAAAAUUGUAAAAUUUAAAUGGCACUGAUAUUGUUAUAUUGUGCAGCAGGAAAAAUGAGUAACAUAUUUAGAGGGAUGAGAAUGUUCACUUCACAUGGGCACCUUACUGGAUAAGCGGAACCACAAAGUUAAA